GACCUCGUCUUUUUCAACUAAACCAACCAAUGGGAAUGCAACUGCACAUAAAGCAAAGACUUUGAGUCUUCCCCUUCAUUUCUAUGCCCUACAAUGCGUCUGAUUAUGUCUUGAGAGCAAUUAUAAUUCUUGAAUUGUGCCUUUAUUCAGCUGAGAAAAAGAAAGGAAGAUGGCGGAUGUAGUGUUGAAAUUUGUAGUAGAAAACCUGCUGGCGAUAAUAAAAGAAACUUGGAAACUGAUUGGCGGCGCAAAGGAAGAUUGUGCACAACUGCUGGAAGAAGUUGAUAGCUUAAAGGCAUUCCUAGAGGAUGCUGCACACUAUCGUCAAAGCAACAGCAAACAAUGGAAACAUUUCGUCAACAAAGUCCAAGUUAUUGUAUAUAAAGCUGAGGAUCUCAUUGAUAAGCUCCAUAUUCAAGCAAAACAGCACCAAGAGAAAUACAGAGUUUUGACGAACUAUGCCAAAACCGUCAAGGAAUGUGUAAUAAACAUCAAAGCUGUAUUAGACAAGGUGAAGAAAAUUCGGGAAGAAAAUCAACAUGCUUUUCAGGCAAAGCCAAUGCUCCAUUUUCAGCAGGAAAUUGUUGCCCAUGGGUCACAGAAGGAGACUUUGCUGGAAGAGACCGAAGUUGUUGGCUUCGAUGAGGAAACGGAAACAGUGAUCAAACGACUCGUUGAAGGAACGGAUGAUUUAGAUGCUAUUCCUGUGGUGGGCUUGCCCGGACUUGGCAAAACCACACUGGCAUUAAAAAUCUAUAAAGAUUCUCAGAUUUCCUAUCAUUUCUACACCACUAUUUGGAUAAAGGUAGGCCUGCAAUACAAACUAACAGAGGUGUUUCUUAGCAUUCUGAAAGUGUUCGCAAAACUAACUAAAGAACAUCAAGAUAUGAAUGUGAAUGAUUUGGCCAAGAUAAUACGUGAGUUNGCGCAAGCCUUCCUGCAUUCGUUGGUAAGUUUUGGAAUUUACAAACUCUUAUACUUAAUACAAAGGCGUCCACGAUUGAGAUAA